AUGACACAUCUAAAUGAAACACUUAAAAGCAUUGCCUGGUGCCGUCCGAUCGAAAUCUUAGGAGGUCAGGCACAGAAAGCUGGUGAUGAUUUCUGCAUCACAUAUCGGAAGUACUGGUAUGACCAGGCAAAGGCACAACUUCUUCGAAAUUUGAGGGAUUCUAAAGAGAGCGGAAGCGCCGUAGCCCGCAACGUGAUCCUAUUCAUCGGGGAUGGCAUGGGCCUCACGACGGUCACCACAGCCAGGAUUCUACGAGGACAACUGCAGGGGAAGACAGGCGAAGAGAACCAGUUGGCGUUUGACAGGUUUCAACAUGUCGCACUGGCCAAGACAUAUAACACUGAUAGUCAAGUUGGAGAAAGUGGAGCAUGCGCAACUGCCCUCCUAUGCGGUGUCAAAGGAAGAUUUGAAACCGUAGGACUGGAUGAUGGUGGUAUCUAUAACAGAUGUGAAACCAGUUUGGGAUCCAGAGUACCAAGUUUGGCAGAGUGGGCACAAGCGGAAGGCAAGUCGACAGGCUUGGUGACGACGACACGCGUAACCCACGCCACACCAGCAGCCAUGUAUGCUCAUACACCCAACAGGUACUGGGAGAGUGACGACAAACUGCCUAAGGAUAUUCCAAAAGAUGACUACUGCAAGGACAUCGCCAGACAGUUGGUAGAAGACAGUCCCGGAAAGAAUCUUAAUGUAAUCUUGGGAGGAGGUCGAAGGCACUUCCUUCCCCGUCUGGAGGAGGAAGAUUCUAAAGGAGAGAGCGGAGGAGGCAGGAGGGAGGAUGGAAGGAAUCUCAUCUCAGAAUGGCAACGGGACAAGAAAGGCCGCGGGCUUUCGUAUAAAUAUGUAUCGCGAAAAAGGGAACUGGAUAAGGUCGACCCUGCAAAAGUGGACUACCUAUUAGGUUUGUUUAGCGGAGGACAUAUGGCGUACGAAUCGGACAGGGAGAAAGGUCCAGAAGGAGAGCCUUCUAUUGCUAGAAUGACGAGAAAAGCCAUUCAGGUGCUUAGGAAGAAUCCCAGAGGAUACUUUCUCAUGGUCGAAGGUGGCAGAAUAGACCACUCACACCACUUCAAUAAUGCUCACCGAGCUUUGACAGACACAUUGGCUCUUGAAGAAGCGGUGGUGGCAGCUCUGGAGAUCACGAGACCGGAAGAAACCUUGCUAGUUGUGACUGCAGAUCAUUCGCAUGUAUUUGCAUUUGGCGGGCAGCAUCCUGUAAGAGGAAAUCCAGUUCUGGGUGUUGAUGAUAAGCCAUCAGAUGUAGACAACAUGCCUUAUACUACUUUGCUUUACGCGAAUGGACCUGGUUACAAUCACAACUUUAAAACUGGAAGAGAAAAUUUAACAUCAACUGAUACAACUGAUAAGAAUUACAUCCAGCAGGCUGCGGUACCUAGAAGAUGGGAUUCUCAUGGUGGGGAAGAUGUUCCAGUUUAUGCUCAAGGACCCAUGGCACACCUGUUUCGCGGCGUAUUCGAACAAACUUAUGUACCCCAUGCCUUAGCUUUUGCAGCCUGUAUUGGACCAACACGUGGAGAUUGUGACAGGCGGAAGCAACUGUCUACUUACUAUCGUCAGUUGGUGGAGUGUCCUUCCCCUCACACGGAAUCUGAAGACUCUGCAGGAUUCCAUUUGCAGAACACAAGGAUUCCAUUUUGGUGGUUGUAUUGCGCAUGGAUGCUGUUUAUAUUUAGCUUCUGGAGAACCUGA